CGCAGACAUGAGAACACAAGCCACAGACAAAUUGUUAGCCAGUUGCAUUUCAUCUUUGUUGCCGCCACAGCUUAUGUUCUUUUCGUUCCAUGCCAGGAUAUUCGGACAGCCUGCAAAAGACGUCGAUAAAACUACAAAGCCAGGUGCCGAAGUCCCUCUGAAUCAGGUCAUAACAAAACAAUAAGGAUAAAGUCUGAGCUUAAUUAGCCAAUAUAAGGUGUGCUAAGGAACUGUCCCUUGUUCUAUGUUAACAAUGGCAAAGUUAAAACAUGUCCUGGUCAUACCAUUUCCAGCACAAGGUCAUGUCACUCCUCUCCUGAAACUCUCACACUGUAUUGCUGAUUAUGGAGUCAAGGUGACAUUUGUGAACACAAAGUCCAUUCACUCACGAGUGGUGGCUGCAAACCCCGGAUUGGACGAGGGAUCGAAUCGGAUUAAGUUUGUUGCAAUUCCGGAUGGGCUCGAAUCUGACGAGGAGCGAAAGGACCCAAUUAAGCUGAUGGAGAGCGUGUCAAGGGUGAUGCCGGGUCACUUGCAGGAGUUGAUUGAGAAAGUGAAGAAGCAGUCAAAUGACAAUAAAGAUGAUCAGAUCAGCUUCAUAAUUGCGGACCUAAUCGCUGGAUGGGCACUGGAAGUCGCCGAAAGGAUGGGAAUCGAGCGAGCCGGGUUUUGGCCUGCCUCGGUUUCGUCUCUGGCCUUGGAUCUUCAUAUUUCAAAGUUCAUCGAGGGUGGAGUCAUAGACAACAAUGGUGUUGCUCUGAAGAAUGAUCUCAUCAUGAUAUUGGAGGACCUUCCUUCCUAUAAGAGCACUGACCUCCCUUGGAGUUGCUCAGAAGAUCCAAUGACGCAGAAAGUAUUUUUUAGAUGCGCAUUGUCCAUCCUCCAUCACAGCAAACGCACAAACUCAUUCCUUUGCAAUUCAUUCCAUGAACUAGAGGCAUCGGCCCUCGGUGUCAUUCCCGGAGCUCUCCCAAUCGGUCCUUUAAUAGCGAGCACGCAAUUAUUCCAUCGCAGAGGAAGCCUGUGGAACGAGGACUCGACCUGCUUGAACUGGUUAGACCAACAUCCAGCCCAGUCAGUCAUCUAUGUUGCCUUUGGAAGCUUGACAGUAUUCAGCACAGAACAAUUCUAUGAGCUCGCCCACGGCCUCGAACAGAUUUCUCGACCAUUCCUAUGGGUCGUACGCCCGGACCUCACUGAUGGGCCAGUCACUGAGUUCCAUGAGGGGUUCCUCCAAAGGGUGAGGAAUUAUGGGAAGGUGGUCCAAUGGGCACCACAAGAGGAGGUCCUAGCACAUCCUUCAGUGGCAUGCUUCUUCACUCACUGUGGUUGGAAUUCCACACUGGAAGGCCUGAGCAAUGGGGUCCCACUUCUCUGCAGGCCUUACUUUGCAGAUCAGUACCUGAACAAGAGCUUAAUAUGUGAUGCGUGGAAGGUGGGUUUAGGGGUUGUUUCUGAUGAAAAUGGACUAACAGCUAGGCAUGAAGUGAGACAAAAAAUAUUAGCAGUUCUUGGGAGUGAUGAGAUCAGGGCAAAUUGCCUGAGGUUGAAGGAGAUGGCCAGGAAGAGUAUUAGUGAAGGGGGGUCCUCCCUGAAGAAUCUGCAGAGCUUCAUCGAACUCAUGAAGGCUUGAGGGUUCUUGU